GGGAGCAGAGGAAAGGGGCGGGAGGGGCAAGAAGUCGGCCAGGCCCCACGGCGAGUGUCUCCCCACCCACCGGGGACAAGCCAGCCUCCGCAUGGCCUCCAAGCAGGCUGCCGGCAGGAGCCCGGGGGAGAAGCGCAAGAGGGUGGUGCUGACCCUGAAGGAGAAGAUCGACAUCUGCACGCGCCUGGAGAAGGGGGAGAGCAGGAAGGUCCUGAUGCAGGAGUACAACGUGGGCAUGUCCACCCUGUACGACAUCAAGGCCCACAAGGCGCAGCUGCUUCGGUUCUUUGCCAACUCGGAUUCCAACAAGGCCCUGGAGCAGCGACGCACCCUGCACACGCCCAAGCUGGAGCACCUGGACCGCGUCCUGUACGAGUGGUUCCUGGGGAAGCGCGCCGAGGGCGUGCCCGUGUCGGGCCCCAUGCUCAUCGAGAAGGCCAAGGACUUCUACGAGCAGAUGUGCCUGACGGAGCCCUGCGUGUUCUCCGGCGGGUGGCUGUGGCGUUUCAAGGCCAGGCACGGCAUCAAGAAGCUGGACGCGUCCGGCGAAAAGCAGGCGGCCGACCACCGGGCGGCAGAGCAGUUCUGUGGCUUUUUCCGGAGCCUGACCGCCGAGCACGGCCUGUCCCCGGAGCAGGUGUACAAUGCUGACGAGACCGGACUUCUCUGGCGGUGCCCGCCGACCGCCAGCCCGGAAGGCGGGACGGCGCCCGGCGUCAAGCAGAACAAGGACAGGCUGACCGUCCUCGUGUGCGCCAACGCCACCGGCUCGCACAAGAUCAAACCCCUGGUGAUCGGGAAGCGCGGCGGCCCCAGGGCCUUCCGGGGCAUCCAGCACCUGCCGGUGGCAUACAAGGCCCAGGGCAACGCCUGGGUGGACAAGGAGAUCUUUUCCGACUGGUUCCAUCACAUCUUUGUUCCCUCGGUGAGGGAGCACUUCCGAGCGGUGGGCCUGCCCGAGGACGGCAAGGCCAUCCUCCUGCUGGACGGCGCCCGGGCGCGCCCGCGGGAGUCCCAGCUGGUUUCCGACAACGUCCUCACCGUCUUCCUGCCCGCGGGCGCCACCGCUUCCAUCCAGCCCAUGGACCAGGGCAUUCGGAGAGAUUUCCUGAGGAAUUUCAUCAACCCCCCCGCCACGCCGCAGGGCCGUCACCCCCGUUACAGCAUGAACGAGGCCAUCGUCAGCGUGGCCUGCGCCUGGAGCGCGGUGCCCCGCCACGUCUUCAGCCGGGCCUGGAGGAAGCUGUGGCCCGCGGCCACGUUCGCCGAAGGCUCGUCUUCCGAGGAGGAGCCGGAGCGUCUCCCAACGAAGCCUCACGACCAAACUUUUGCGCACAUCCUGGAGCUCGGGAGAGAGGCCCCGGCCCGCCCCGGCAGCCGGCUUCACCGGGGCGCGGCCGCCGAGGGAGACGGGCUGGGAUGCGAGGCCGGGGAGGGCCUGGCCCCGUCCGCGGGGGGCCCGGACCAGGUGGAGAAGGAUGGCGACGAGGCGGCCUGGGAGCAGGCGGCCUCGGCCUUUGACUCUGUCGUCCGCUUCGCCGAGGGACAACCCUGCUUCACGGCGCAGGAGGUGGGGCAGCUGCGCGCGCUGCGCUCGGUGUUCGCGAGGCAGCGGCAGGCGAAGCAGCGGCGCGUGGCCCUCAGGGCCGCGGUCAAGCUCGAGGCCCCCCAGGAGCUCUCCCCUCUGCCCUGCUCGUCCGCGGCGGCCGAGGACUGAUGGCUGGGGGCGCUGCAGAGCCGGGCAGAGCUCGCCCAGGAGGCUGGGCGCCCGGUGUGGGGCCUCGGCGACUUGGGGCGGCCCAUCCCGCGUGUUCUGGUUCGUCGCGGGCCUGUCGUGUUUUCUGGCGCGUGAACGUGAGGAGCCCUUCUGGAAGGGUCCGCCAGACCGAUAGCCUAGCGGAACAUCCUGUGACCGGAGCCCAGGACCGUGCCGGACGGAUUCUGGCCUCGUGCGCGCUGGCUGAGCCCUGCUGUGUGUGCGGGUGGAGACGUCUGUGCGUCCGGGAGGAGAAAAGCCGGUCCUCGGGCCAAGCGAUGGCAGUACCUGCGGCCCCUGGACCGGGUCGGCGUCAACCACGGCCUGCCCGUCCGUCCCCUUUGGCCCGGGUCUGCCGUGUGGCCACCAUCCCUGCGUCAGGUGGGCGCGACGCCUGGGACUCCGCUUCUGACCGUGAGUCGGCAGAGCCCUCGCCUGCGGCUUCGAAGGCACACGUCGUCACCCUGCUCGCGUGUCCCUACUUCAGCCGCGGGCUCACUCAGCCGCCCCGGCCUCCCGCGCGUUCCUCCUGGGACCCCAGGGCGUAGGGGCCGCACGCUGCGCUGGCGUGACGGAGUCACUUCCCACAGCGCGGACAGGACCGUCCCUCCGGGCUGCCCGCUGCCCCGAGGGGCCCGUGGCGCACUGCCGGCAGGUCUGGUGUCCGGGCUCCAAGUUCACCAUUCGCUCCCAGGGAUUCCGCGCUUCCCGCCUUCACGCUGACGAAUCUUGAGGAGGCGCUCGGAGAUGAGGCUGAGGUUUGCGCACACGCGACCCGGCGCUGGAACCAGCUGCUUAGGUCUCUAGCGAUGCUUGAACUCCUGCGGUCGGCCCUUCCCACCUCUGUGCCGCGUGCGGGCAGGAGCCGGCAGCACCACCUGGCCGGGGGAAGACGCGGUCCCUCCCGUGUCUCCCGGAUGCUUCCGGCCUCGCCGGCACCGCUGCGGCCCCUUGCCGGCCGUGCUCCCCUCCCGACGUGUCCCCUCACCUCCGUGCCCCUGGAUUCACGGCCUGGUGGCCGAGCUGGCGCGACGUUUUCCUUCCUCCGUUUGCCGUGUGUCCCUCCGGGAGCCGCGGGAACGGUGCUUGGCGUGCGGCCGGUCCCACCGGUGCUGUCACAUCUUUCUGAACACGGGAGGCGGCCGCUGCUGCCGUGGGGCAGCACGUGGGCCGUGCGUGCUUUCUGUGCACGUGUGAAGAUGGUGAACGAA